CUCUCAAUCGACAACUGUAUCCUUACCUCACGUCCCACGUCCGUCGACCUCCUCCAUCAACAACAACGACGGCGAAGACGACGACGCCCAUUGUACGCAAAAAAACAACGAUAUCUCUAGAGGGGAAACCAGAUCGAUUCCGGCAUCGCACAGCGGACCAACUACGUUCACAUCCCGUACGAACUCCCUUCGAAUCCCGCACAGCCCACAAUGUCACACCCACGCAUAGAGGAGGUCGAGGACAGCGACCUCGAGGCCUCGGACCCCUCCGAGGGCGACAUUGACGACUUCGACGACAUCGACAUCUUGCGCCGCGUCGAGCCCAAGGCGCCGUCGCAGAUCAACCCCUCCAACAUUCCGUCGACGGCCGCCCCGCGGCCCGGGGCGCCGGGCUCCGAGUUCCAGACGACCACGGACCCGAAGCAAUACGCCGACUUUCAGUGCCUGUACCCGGUCUACUUUGACGCGCGGCGCACGCGCGCCGAAGGCCGCCGCGUGCCGCGGUCGCUGGCGGUCGAGAACCCCAUUGCGCGCGAGAUCGUCAACGCGUGCGCGGCGCUGCGCCUCCCGACGCUCUUCGAGCCGGCAAAGUUCCACCCCAAGGACUGGGCGAAUCCGGGCCGUGUCAAGAUCCGCAUCCGGUUCGGCGGCGAGGCCGGCCGCGGCAGGGACGGUGGCAAGGCCGCCGCGGGCGCCCGGCCUCACGGCAUGCCCGACGUCAAGAAUAAGCAUCACCUGUACCUCCUCGUGGCCGAGCACCUGCGGGCGAACCCAACGACGGAGAACAGCGCGGCGCUCAAGGCCCGCGUGCAGGGCGCACCCGCGCCGGACCCCAGCAAGCCGUGGCCGAGGCCCGCGGUGCCGCGCGGCUGGAAGAUGGGCGAGCUUCUGCCGUACAUCAGCCCGGCCAUGACGGGCGGCGGCGUCAGCGAGAACCUGUUCAAGGACAUGAUGAAGGAGAUGCAGGGCGGCGGCGACCCGAUGGCGGCGCUGAUGCAACAGGCCGGCGGCGCGGCCGGUGGUGGCGGAGGAGGCGGCGAGGAGAAGGCGGGCAAGAAGAAGAAGGGCAAGGGCAAGGCUUGAUUUCAUUUGUCCCGGGAUCCGCCUGCC